UAGAACAUGACAGCCCAGAGCAAGCACCACGUCCAAGUCCACUGGACAUUUAAUGACAAAUCGUCAGAUCUCCUGCAGUGGCUGACGGUGACCAAGCAGAAGCUGGAGUCCUAUCAGGAUGGCAAUGGAGGGUGGAAAACGAACAACAGGGCUUUGGACUUGGAGAGGCUGCAAAGUGAGUUUCCAGACAGAGAGAUUCAGCUGCACCUCACUGAAGCCCACGGGCAGCUGGUGGCAGAAAACUCUUCGUUGGAAGGUGCUGAGAACAUCCGAACCAAAGUGAAGAGGCUAAAGGAAUCUUUCGAGUCUCUCGAAGGCAUGAUAUCAAGUCUCCUCCAGAAAAUCUACCCAAACAGGACAACCGUAGAUGCUGGCAAGAAAACAAACUUUUCAGCCAACCUGUCAUCCCAUGGUUUUGCCAUUCGCUCUACAGAAGAUCUCAACCACUCCUGGGAGAACAUGGCCAAAGAGGAAGAUACUGAUGAUCUCCAGCUCAUUAAGAACUUCGAGCAGUGGUUGCAAGAAGAAAAUGCCAAGCUGUCCGAAAUUCUCGCCCGGAAACCAUCCAGUGGUGAAGAACUUAAAGCAAGGCGCAGCAAGUUAAAGGAGCUUCAGUCUCGUGUUCCUGAGGGUCAGCAACAUUUUGAAGAUCUCCUGCGCCUUCGGCCGAUUGUUAAGAACUCCGAUGAUCUGGAGGAACUGCGCUACAGAUGGAUGCUCUACAAGUCGAAACUGAACGAUUCCGGCAACUCCUUG